AUGGUGAAACUGCCAGUGGCGCUGGCUGCAGCAGCAAGAGCAGCAGCAUCGUGCAUGCAAACGGCAGCAGCAGCAGCGGCACCGCGACAGCCGUGUCACCACUAG